ACAGCUAGCGGGGAGGGAGCAGGAAGGGUAGGCAGGUGGGCGUUUGUUGGCGGCUUUUGUUAGUGAGCGUUUUGUUUUCUCCGACUAUAACGGUAGAGUUUCUCUGUACUUUCGUUCUGGCGGCAGGUUGAGGAGUUGUUUUUCCUCCCGAAUUCUCCGUUCGAUUCUUCCUCAGCAUCUUGUUUGGUCAGGAGCUCCUGUCAGGGCCUUAGUUUCCCUCUCAGUCUCCCCAGUUCCCUACCUAAAUCCCCUUCUUUCCUUAUCACUCCAACUUUUCAUACAACAUUCCCAGGAAGUUCUCUUUAUUUUUCCCUUGCCCGUUUUCCUGGGUCAGCCGCAUCCGCUUCUACGAUUUUCCCGCUCUUCACCAGCAACCAAGAUCAUAGCUACUCUCAUGGCUCUGAUAGCUGGUAUGAUCCGUCGGCUGGAUGAGAGUGUGGUGAACCGCAUUGCAGCUGGAGAAGUCAUUCAGAGACCCUCCAAUGCCAUCAAGGAGAUGGUGGAGAACUGUUUGGAUGCCAAAUCUACCAGCAUCCAGGUAACAGUGAAGGAUGGUGGCUUAAAACUAAUUCAGAUCCAAGAUAAUGGUUGUGGAAUUAGGAGGGAAGACUUGGAUAUUGUGUGUGAGAGAUUCACCACAAGUAAACUGCAGACAUUUGAGGACCUAGCUAACAUUUCUACAUACGGGUUUAGAGGCGAGGCACUGGCUAGUAUAAGUCAUGUUGCCCAUGUUACUAUAACAACUAAAACAGCUGAUGGAAAGUGUGCCUACAGGGCAAACUAUUCUGAUGGAAAAUUGAAGGCUGCCCCCAAACCUUGUGCUGGAAACCAGGGAACUCAGAUCACUGUUGAGGAUCUAUUCUACAACAUAACCACUAGAAGAAAAGCUUUAAAAAAUCCAAGUGAAGAAUACUCAAAAAUAUUGGAAGUUGUUAGCAGAUAUGCUGUUCACAACUCUGGCAUCAGUUUUUCAGUUAAAAAGCAAGGUGACACAGUAGCAGAUGUCAGAACACUUUUGAAUGCUACAACUGUUGACAAUAUCCGGUCCAUCUUUGGAAAUGCUGUUAGCAGAGAGUUGAUUGAAGUGGGCUGUGAAGAUGCAACAUUGGGUUUUAAAAUGAAGGGUUAUGUAACCAAUGCGAACUAUUCGGUAAAGAAAUGCAUCAUUUUGCUUUUCAUAAACCAUCGACUGGUUGAGUCAAAUGCUUUGCGUAAAGCAAUAGAAACUGUGUAUGCGGCUUAUUUACCUAAAAAUACACAUCCAUUUUUAUACAUAAGCCUUGAAAUAAACCCUCAGAAUGUAGAUGUCAAUGUGCAUCCCACAAAGCAUGAAGUUCAUUUCCUUCAUGAAGACAGCAUCUUGGAGCGUGUGCAGCAACACACAGAGAGCAAAUUAUUGGGCUCUAACUCAUCAAGGAUGUAUUUUACCCAGACAUUGCUACCAGGUGUUACUGCCUCUUCCACUGAUGUUGUUAAAUCAGCAACUAGUCAAGGAGGAGACAAGGUCUAUGCCCAUCAAAUGAUCCGUACUGAUUGCCGGGACCAGAAACUGGAUGCUUUUCUGAAGCCAGCAAAUAAAUCCAUGACUUCUGAACUUGCUGCAGUGUCACCACAGGAAAGCAACAAGAAGCAAAGUUGCAAGGGAACUGGAUUACAAGAUGUUGAGAUGGAAGAAUCUGGUGACUUGAAUUUAAGAGCUUUAGGAGUGGAACCUGCAAAGACACCAGAAGAGCCAAUGGAAAGUCAACCAGCAUCUCUUGAAGCUAUACCUGCUAGAAAGAGACAGCGAACAGACUGUGAUGUGGAAAUGAAGGAACAGACAAGACAGGAAAUGACUGCUGCCUUCACUCCAAGGAGGAGAAUUAUUAACUUAACUAGUAUAUUGACCCUUCAAGAGGAAAUUAGUAACCAGGCACAGGCAAGUCUUCAGGAGAUGCUACAUGAUCACUCCUUUGUUGGAUGUGUUAACCCUCAGUGGGCAUUGGUGCAAUAUCAGACAAAACUGUAUCUGCUCAAUACCACAAAGCUCAGCCAAGAAAUGUUCUAUCAGAUCCUUAUCUAUGACUUUGGAAACUUUGGAGUUUUAAGAUUGUCAGAACCGGCUCCUCUCUAUGAUCUUGCUAUGCUUGCCUUGGAGAAUGAUGAAAGUGGUUGGACAGAAGAUGAUGGUCCAAAGGAAGGCCUCGCUGAAUAUAUUGUUGACUUUCUAACAAAGAAGAGUGAAAUGCUGAAAGAUUAUUUCUCUCUUGAAAUUGAUGAAGCAGGGAACCUUACAGGACUACCACUUCUGAUAGAUAAUUAUGUCCCUCCUUUGGAAGGGUUGCCUAUGCUUGUCCUUCGUCUGGCCACAGAGGUAAACUGGGAUGAAGAAAAGGAAUGUUUUGAUAGACUGAGUAAAGAAUGUGCCAUGUUCUAUUCCAUUAGAAAACAGUAUAUAAUGGAAGAGUCUGAUCUUACUACUCAACAGGCUGAAGACUCUGGAGCUGGUAUGAGAUCAUGGAAAUGGACAGUGGAACACGUACUUUAUAAAGCUUUUAGGAUAUAUCUUUUGCCUCCCAAGAACUUCACAGAAGAUGGCAACAUUCUGCAGCUUGCUAAUUUACCAGACUUAUACAAAGUCUUUGAAAGAUGCUGAACACAGAUGUAUGAAUUAAGAUCAGUAGCUAUUUAUUAACAAGCUUGCUGCUUAGCACUACUGCAGGAAACUCAGUGUUUGAAUUGCAGACCAGAAAGUCUGAAGCAUUCCAAGUUUCCAAAGUGUCGGAGUACGCACAGCUCUCGUAUAGUAUUUUAUGAAAAAAAAUAACCAGUGAAUUCCCAAGUUUUCAUUCAUUCAUAUCUGAAAAAGAGAUAAGGUAGCCAGUUCAGAGUUCUAUAGAAUUGGUCAGUAAACCCUCUUCAGUAUGUUGUCUUAUGAACCAAUAAAGUAAUUGGUCCAUUUCUUGUGUUUCAAGGUGUACAUGGGACAAAUAUAAAAAUACCAAAAUACUAGAGCCAAGUAAUAGUAUUCUCAAUUUCUGCUCAUCCCUGACAGUAGCCUAGGACUAGAAGAUAUUACCAUACCUAAACUGAAUGCAGAGGACGUGGAAAAAAUGCUCAAAGCACCUGCUAGGGGCUAGGUAAUAGACUAAUGUAUCUAGCAUUUUUUCUGUGCCUCCAGGAUCCUUGUAAAAUCUGUGAACUCAUCUAUGUGAGGCUAGGCACAACAUAACAAGCUCCACAUAUUUGGCAAAUGGGUACACUGGAGCUGUGAAGAAAAGUUAGCCAUAUCCGUUGUCAGCUGUAAAGCAGAAUAGCUAACCUGCGUUAUAGUUUUAGUAUGUGGUAAUACUACUUUGAGUCACAUGAUUAACUGUAAAAGUGAACACAAUGAAAAGUUAACUGGAGAUUUUAAGUAUUUGCAAACGAAUGCACAGGGAAUAAUGUAAAAACAUAUACCCAGACACAUUCAAUACUAAUUUGGUAAGUAAAGUGUCCAUUUAAUUUUUCCCCCCACCACAUUUCUCCUAUCCACCCACAUUUCACUCCACACUUAAGCAGCCGCCAACACCUGGUUUUACAAUGUACAGCAAAGCAUCUUGUAAGUUGGUACUCCUACAUGAGGAGUACUUAUGGAUAGUACUUUUGGAAGUCAAACUCAGGUAUGCAUCACCCAUGCAAUAAAGCACAUUUUAUACAGUCAUUUCUAUUUUAUAUAAAUUUAAAUAUUUUACAAAAACGUCCAUCAAAAUGUAUAAAGUUUAGCAAACACAGACCCCAAAAUGUAUCUUAAAAUAAAUGUUAUCUGAUUCCAAAGGUUAUUUUAAUCUAAUCACUGAAAUCUACAUUGCACCAUAUAGAAGGCACUUGUGCCAUGUGAUGUCUUGAGCACAUAAUUGGUUAAUUUGUAAUGCAGCAUACUCUUGAAUCAUGCAGUUGUCUCCAAGCACCAAGCAUUAUUAAAGCAGAUGAAAAUAGUUCAAUGAACAAAUCUGAUUUCACAAUUGUGAAAUACAGCAUUGGGCUCCAGCAGACUCUAGAAUUAAGCUGCUAAAAUUCUCAUCAUAAAAAUGCAAACUUUUUUCAUUCAUUCAAGUUACAAAAUGUUUGCCACUUAAUUAUGAAACUAAAAACGCAUUGAACAGCUCACUGUUCAACGUUUGUGCCAAAGAAAUUCUGUAUUAAAACAAGCUAGGGGCAAGUUUUCAAGGAGCAGUGCACAAUUUUUAAGGUUUCCUUCUAUUGUUGAGACAGAAGUGCAGUUCUGUUUGCCUUCAUUUUCUCCAACCGUUUUACUAAGUGGCUGUUGGUCAUCUCCAUUUCUUCUAUCCGGUCCAAUGCUGUUCGUAACUUUAAAAAAAGCCAAAAUACAUAUUAAGUAUAACAGUUCAUUUUGAGAGAAUCUACAUUAAAGAAUAUUACAUCAAAUCCAUGUAGAAUUAUACAGUUUCAAAAAACAAAGCAAAAACUAAAUGACUGGAGCUUUGAUGCAGAAAGUAUUUUUACAUAAUCAAGGUCCAAAGGCAAUUUAAUUAUUCUGAAAUAAACCGCCAUCUACAAACAGAGUUUCUAAGGCAAUUUGAGCCCUGCCAAAUUGGGUGAUUUGUCCAAACAAGAUAUUUAAACCUUUAUCUGCAGUAAUUAUGUAGAAUGUGAAAAUCAGAUUUUAACAGCAAAGAUACAUACAAGUAAGUGCAGAUCCUUCCAUUUGCCUCAAUCACUUUUCUCCUAGCUACAAGCAGCUAUGGCAUUAUACCCCAGCAGAGGGGAAAGUUAUAGGUAGGUGUGGGAAGUGCUCCAACCUUUGCUAUUAACAUUGGGGCGCAUCUUGCAUUAAAUAGAACAAGCCCAGGUUUAGAAAGACCCAUCUAUUGCCAUUAUCAGUGUUCAUUCUUUAGGAAAAGAUUUUUUUCUCCACCAGAAUACCCACCAUGCUACUGUUUGCCAUCCCAUCAUAAGCGACUAUACAGUCAAGAUAAUCUGAUUUUGUAGCUGCUAGAGACUAACAUUUACUUUGACCUCUGAUUCAUCCUUUGAUUUGUAAACAGUUGGACAACUCCCAAACUAUUAAGAAACCUCAAUCCCCGAGUGUGAAAUACACAUUUGAGACGUAAUCACUGCCUCAUCUUUGUAUUUAAGAACAUAAGAGCCUGCUGGAUCAGGCCAGUGGCCCAUCUAGUCCAGCAUCCUGUUCUCACAGUGGCCAACCAGGUGCCUGGGGGAAGCCCGCAAGCAGGACCCGAGUGCAAGAACACUCUCCCCUCCUGAGGCUUCCGGCAACUGGUUUUCAGAAGCAUGCUGCCUCUGACUAGGGUGGCAGAGCACAGCCAUCAUGGCUAGUAGCCAUUGAUAGCCCUGUCCUCCAUGAAUUUGUCUAAUAUUUUAAUGCCAUCCAAGCUGGUGGCCAUUACUGUGUCUUGUGGAAGCAAAUUCCAUAGUUUAACUAUGCGCUGAGUAAAGAAGUACUUUUGUUUGUCCUGAAUCUUCUAACAUUCAGCUUCUUUGAAAGUCCAUGAGUUCUAGUAUUAUGAGAGAGGGAGAAAAACUUUCCUCUAUCCACUUUCUCAAUGCCAUGCAUAAUUUCAUACACUUCUAUCAUGUCUCAUCUGACCCGCCUUUUCUCUAAACUAAAAAGCCCCAAAUGCAACCUUUCCUCAUAAGGGAGUCGCUCCAUUCCCUUGAUCAUUCUGGUUGCCCUCUGAACCUUUUCCGACUCUAUAAUAUCCUUUUUGAGAUGAGGCGACCAGAAACGUACACAGUAUUUCAAAUGCGGCCGCAUCAUAGAUUUAUACAACGGCAUUAUAAUAUCGGCUGUUUUAUUUUCAGUACCUUUCCUAAUUAUCCCUAGCAUGGAAUGUGCCUUUUUCACAGCUGCCGCGCACUGGGGUGACAUUUUCAUCGUGCUGUCCACUACAACCCCGAGGUCUCUCUCCUGGUCGGUCACCGCCAGUUCAGACCCCAUGAAGAGGUACACCUGGCACCUACACUAUUAUCUUUUCGGCGCCAGGUAAAGACCUUUUUAUGCUCCCAGGCAUUUUAAUCACUCUAAUCUUUUUAGCUUUUUAAUCUUGUAUACUAAGUCUUUAUUUUUAUUUUCUGUUUAACUGUAUUUGUUUUUAUGUCAUAUAUGUUUUUGUGAUUUUAUUAUUGCCAUGUAUGUA